GCUCUACUCUUCCUCGUGUGCUCCCUCUCUCUCCUCCGACUCGUGUGGAGGCUCUGUUCUCUCACUCACCUGACUCCUCAGAGGGAGAGAAAGAUGGAGAUAGAGGAGGUUCCUGUCUCCUUUCCUUCCUGCCUGGAGACACUCUCAGCCUGCUGAUCAGUGAACCCAGAGACGGCUGGCACUACGGCCAGAAUGAGCGAACCGGGCGAAAAGGCUGGUUUCCCUUCUCCUACACUCAGCCUUACCCAAACACACCCGGACAACAAGACAUCAGUCCUCCUCCCCUGUCCAAGAUGAACAGCACAAGCAUGGGGCAGUUGGACAGGCUGUCCCCUGGUGGUCACCUUCAUCAGGCCAGUCCUGACUCAGAAGAGGAGAGGAAUGUCAUAUCUCAGCGUGUCAGCACCUUCAGGCCUCGCCCCUACAGCAUGCUGAAUCCUGAAACCACCAAGAUUAAUCCACGGCUUGCAGGACAACGCCUGAAGGACAGAAUGUACACUGAUUUCACCUGCCCUCCUCCGUCCCCGACCAGGACCAAUCCGUUCGCCCACAUUCGACUGAGGAAGACGGUGACCAACGAUCGCUCAGCUCCAGUUAUACAGUAAAACCUUUGAGUGUAAACCAGAGACAUGUUGACUGUAACAAGACCACUAAUGCCUUGCAGUGUCUACUUUAUUUCGAGAUGACACUGUAUUCCUAUUAUUUUUGCUAAUAACAUAUUCUGAAAGUGUCCAAAAUUAGAGAAUGGGCAAUUUGCACUAGAUGGCGCCGGUGAGCUUUUGCGUUGCCAGGGUCUGCAGACUAAUUUCCGGUCAUAUAACACUAUCAAGUUGUUUUGUCUUAACGAAGUGCUCAGCAAUGUAAAGGGGAUCUGUCCUAUCGCUGAUAUAUUACUUAAAAAACACCCAUAUUUGCUGGCCAAAAACCCUUCUUUUCCGAUAAGACCGACCCUGGCAUCCCAAAAGCUCACUCUUGUGCAACUAGCGAAUUAAACCCCCUCUAAUUAAAAUCUACAGUAAAUCUAAUGAAUGCAUAAAAUGUUAUCAGACACUAAAUAUUUUAAGGCUAUUGUUUGGGUUAAAUGUAUUUAGUAUUAAGUGCAGCAGAUGGAGAUGAAGAGCGUUGAAAUGACUUUGUAACAUGACAUUGAUAAUAAUUCUCUGUUUUCAUGUGAUGCAUCACACUGCACAAUUUCAAAAGAUGGAAAGUAGAAAAUGGAAACGAUGCCUUUCGUCUUCAGUGUUUGUGGAGAUGUCCUUGAUUCAUCAAGUGAUUUAGAUUUACCUAUAGAGCUGAAUUUGUUCUGAGAUUUGUUCAAAGAUUUAUAUUUCCAUGUUAUCCGCCAGGUACAUUCCAAUGAAUACAGAAACUGCACUGCUACCAUUUUAGGCAGCUUUAAGCAGUUGUCCUUGUUUGGUACCUUUGUCAGAAUAAGUAUUAAAAAUUCUUUAGUCUAUACAAUUUUUUAUAUUCAUAAACGAUCUUUAAAUAUUAACUUUUUCAUUUCUUGGAAAAAUGGGUCUGGUACAACAUGAAGGCGAGUAAAUAAUGACAGAGUUUCAAUGGAUGGACUAUUUCUUUAAGUGUACAUGCUACACUCUUAAAAAUAAAGGUGCUUAAAAGGUUCUUCACAGCGAUACCAUAGAAGAACCAUUUUUGGUUCCACAAAGAACCAUCCCUUACCUUUUUAUAAUCUGAAGAGCAUUUUUUCGCCACAAAGAACCUUUUGUGAAAUAGAAAGGUUCUUCAGAUGUUAAGGUUCAUUAUGGAACCAUUUAGACGAAAAGGUUCUUCCAUGGCAUCGUGAAGCACCUUUAUUUUUAAGAGUGCACAUGCUCUUGCAAGAUACUUUUUCCAGAAAAUUUGAAGUUUGUUUUUUCCUGUGUAAUUGUAUAAAGACAAGGGCCCGGUUGCAUAAAGCACCUUAAGUGUAAUUAUCCCUUAAGUGUAUCCUUAAGUAUACCUUAAGUUUUACUUAAGUUAUUCUCCCAUUGUCUUUGGUAAAGGAAAAUCACCCCUUAAGUGUCAUACUUAAGGGAAAAACUUAAGGUGCUUUAUGCAACCGGGCCAAGGCAUUUUAGAGCAUUCUGGGAGGAGAAGAAGGUUUACUGGUUGGAACAAUAAAUAGGAAGUAGGAAAUAUGAGUGGAUGAAGGGAAAAGUGAAGUACUGUCUUAACUACAGCAGGGCUUUGGAAAGAUUUUUGAGGAGGAAAGUAUUGUGUUUAAGUCUGAAAGGCUCUCAGCUUUUUUCCCUGUGUUCCCUUUACCUGUCUAGUAUAUUUAUGUAUUCUAAACCUUUAAAACUAAAGCUUGUAGUCCUGAGUUUCAGCAGAUGUAAGCAAGAGAUGUGAAUGCUGAGUGGUGCUGUUGUGUACAGAGAGGAAUUCUGAAGAGAAGCAAAGAAAGCUCUUGAAUGUUGAGAUGUGAUGGAGAAUGUGACUGUGGUAAAGCACUGUAGCUGUAGGUUUAUUAAAAAACAUUCCUCCUUGCCCACCUUUUUUGUGGGAUUAUUUCCGGGAGAAAGCAUUUUUCAUAUGUAUAUUUGUUUCCAAAUUAUUACGGCUGAAAGAAUUGCAUUUAAACUGGCAUAGCUUUAAUUAUAAUAUUAAUGCUCAUAAAAUACAUUGUCAGCUUUGAUAUCUUCAAAUAUUAACUUUUAGUUGUAUUUAAAAUGUUUAUAUUAUACAGAGAUAUUAAAGCGAGAAAAGCAAAAAGGUCUCCAGUCUAUAAUAAGAGCUUCUACAUUUUUAUUGUGCAAAAGCUGAUUUAUCAAUGUAAAAGCAUUGUUAUUUGACCUUUAAAAGAAACACAUUGACAGAUCAGUGUCACUGGUUUUCAUUUGAUUAGUGACCUAAAUAUACUGUAGAAUCAUAAAUAUUUUUUUAAAUCCUAAAACUUUAUUUCCAAGUUUAAAUGAAAGCAAUUCCAGGUUUUCAGCGUAGUCUCUGACGUUGACGUAACUGUAUGUUAUUUUAUAAUUAUUAUGUCUACGUAAUGUUGGUUGAGUGAAUUUAGUUUCUAUUUUUAUUGUAUCUUCCCUUUAUCCUUAUCUUCCCAGAGAACCCUGCUAUGGAGCACUGGCUGAUCUCAUUAAUUCGUACAGUCACUAGCAGUUACAUAUUAUACAUUUCAAGUAGGAGUGUAUAAUCUGUCUCUACUCGUUUAAAAAAAAAUCUAAUUAAACGCUUAAAAGAGGCAUGAAGUCAGCUGCAGGGUGCUCAGGGUGAACGUUUUUGCUCAGGCAAGCACAUACUGUAACUACUAUAUAUUUGUUUUUUGCUCAGAUGAGCAUUAUAUUUGUAGUCACAAUAGAUCAGUCUUAUAUUUUGUUACUCUUAAAUGUUGUAACUUUGCUAAUUGUAUCUCCUUGAAUCUCUUGUUCUAGACUCAGUAAAGUUAAUCUCUGUGG